UGGGAAACCGGGCCUUGGGCCAAAGAUCGGGAGACGCCCCGCGGAACCGUCCAGCCCUGGGGCGGAUGGUGGUUCCCGCCGCACCCCAACCUCAGACCUCUCGGGCGCUGGCCUAGCUUAGCUGAGGCCGCUGAGGGGCGGGUGACUAUGAAAGGCUUAUAUUUUCAACAGAGUUCUACAAGUGAAGAAAUAACAUUUGUGUUCCAAGAAAGGGAAAAUCUUCCUGUUACAGAGGAUAACUAUGUGAAGCUUCAAGUUAAAGCCUGUGCUCUGAGCCAGAUAAAUACAAAGCUUCUGGCAGAAAUGAAGAUGGAGAAAGAUUUCUUUCCUGUUGGGAGAGAAGUUGCUGGAAUUGUGUUAGAUGUUGGAAGCAAGGUAUCAUUCUUUCAACCAGAUGAUGAAGUAGUUGGAAUUUUACCCCUGGAUUCUGAAGACUCUGGACUUUGUGAAGUUGUUCAAGUACAUGAGCAUUACCUGGUUCACAAACCAGAAAAAGUUAUGUGGACAGAAGCCGCUGGAACCAUUCGAGAUGGAGUACGAGUCUAUACAGCUCUGCAUUAUCUUUCUCAUCUCUCUCCUGGAAAAUCAGUGCUGAUAAUGGACGGAGCAAGUGCACUUGGUACAAUAGCUAUUCAGUUAGCACACCAUAGAGGAGCCAAAGUGAUUUCAACAGCGUGCAGCCUUGAAGACAAGCAGUAUCUUGAAAGAUUUAGGCCUUCUAUAGCCCGAGUGAUCGAUGUAUCCAGUGGGAAAGCCCAUGUUGCUGAAAGCUGUUUAGAAGAAACAGGUGGCCUUGGAGUAGAUAUUGUCCUAGAUGCUGGAGUGAGGUUAUAUAGUAAAGAUGAUGAACCAGCUGUAAAAUUACAACUACUACCACAUAAACAUGAUAUCAUCACCCUUCUUGGUGUUGGAGGCCAUUGGAUAACAACAGAAGAAAACCUGCAGUUGGAUCCUCCAGAUAGCCAUUGCCUUUUCCUCAAGGGAGCGACGGUGGCUUUCCUUAAUGAUGAAGUUUGGAAUUUGUCAAAUGUACAACAGGGAAAGUAUCUUUGUAUCUUAAAAGAUGUGAUGGAGAAGUUAUCAACUGGUGUUUUUAGACCUCGGUUGGAUGAACCCAUUCCACUACCUCAGUUCGAUGAACCUAUUCCAGUAUUGAAGCCAGAGUUUCCUUGGAAAUUGUUCAGAAAAGUCACGGAAGAUAAAAGCAAGUUUUUAUGUUUGGUUCCCUCAGGAUCCAACAGGAGCAUCACGCGCUCGGCCAUGCCGGUGCCCUGGAUCGCAUGCUUCCGAGCCACCUGGCACCCGGCGACCGGACUACGGCCGAGGCGCCGAGGCGGCGUCCGGGGAAGCUGGUGGCGGUGGCGCGCCCUCCGCCUCACAGGAGCACGGCCGGGGGCGGGGCCUCGCGGGCGCCCUAGCGGACGCGCGCCGCGAGACGCCGCGGGGCGGGGCCACGUUGGGGGCGGGGCCGGGGCGCGCGGGAAGCGCCAGCGGGCCUGCGGGCCGGCCCCUCGGCCUCCGCCGCGCGUCAUGGCCCUGUCGGUGCCCGGCUACUCGCCCAGUUUCAAAAGGCCGCCUGAGACUUUGCGGCUUCGACGGAAAAGAGGCCGGAGCUUGGGGGCCGCCUCCUCGCCCGAGGAGCGGUCGGAGCCGGCGACCCGCCGCGCCGCUCUGGCGGCCGGGCUGCCCCUCCGCCCUUUCCCGGCGGCGGGCAGAGGCGGCGGCGGCGGCCCGGCCGCGGCCCGGAGGAACCCCUUCGCCCGCCUGGACAACCGGCCGCGGGCCGCCGCCGAGCCUCCCGAUGGGCCGCCCCGCAGCCAGCAGGAGGCGCCGGGCCCGUUUUUAGAUUCUAAUCAAGAAAAUGAUUUUCAGUGGGAAGAGAAGUUUCCUGAAAGAACAGCCAUUACUGAAUUACCCCAGACUCCUCGUGUAUCUUUCUCCGAAUCAGAUAUUCCAUCCUCAGAAAGUACUGAGUUACCUGUGGACUGGAGUAUUAAAACUCGACUCCUUUUCACCUCUUCUCAACCCUUUACCUGGGCAGAUCAUUUGAAAGCUCAGGAAGAGGCUCAAGGUGUCAUCCAGCAUUGUAGGGCAACAGAAGUUACUUUGCCUCAAAGUAUACAGGACCCCAAACUCUCCACUGAGCUCCGUUGUGCCUUCCAGCAGAGCCUUAUCUACUGGCUCCACCCUGCCUUGUCUUGGCUCCCAUUGUUCCCUCGUAUUGGAGCUGACAGAAAAAUGACUGGAAAGACAAGCCCUUGGUCAAAUGAUGAAACCCUGCAACACAUUUUAAUGAGUGACUGGUGUGUGAGCUUUACUUCUCUAUAUAAUCUGCUGAAGACAAAACUUUGCCCCUAUUUCUACGUUUGUACCUAUCAGUUUACUAUCCUGUUCCGUGCAGCAGGCUUAGCAGGAGAUGAUGUAAUCACGGCUCUCAUAUCUCCUACAACUAGAGGUAUAAGAGAAGCUAUGAAAAAUGAAGGUAUUGAAUUUUCUCUGCCUUUAAUAAAAGAAAAUGGCCAUGAGAAGAGGAGAGCAUCUGGAACAAGCGUGGGACAUGGGGAGGAGCAAGCAGUCAGCGACGAGGACGAGGAAGAAAGUUUUUCCUGGCUGGAAGAGAUGGGUGUGCAAGAUAAAAUUAAAAAGCCAGACGUACUUUCUAUCAAGCUGCGUAAGGAGAUACAUGAAGUACAAAUGGAUCACAGACCCGAGUCUGUUGUGUUGGUCAAGGGAAUGAAUACCUUUACACUGCUGAAUUUUUUGAUCAACUGUAAGAGUUUAAUUGCUACCUCAGGUCCACAGGCAGGACUUCCACCAACCCUCUUAUCCCCUAUAGCUUUCCGAGGUGCCACAAUGCAAAUGCUUAAGGCACGAAGUGUAAAUGUGAAGACACAAGCUCUUUCUGGAUACAGAGAUCAAUUUAGUUUGGAGAUUACAGGUCCUAUCAUGCCUCAUUCUCUACAUUCCAUGACUAUGUUACUCAGAUCUUCACAGAGUGGGUCAUUUUCUGCAGGACUGUAUACACAUGAGCCAACUGCUGUAUUUAAUAUCUGCCCAUCCCAGGAUAAAGUACUGGAUAAGGAGGCUGUUCAUGAGGAGCUUGCCAACUGUGGAUUACACCCUAAAACUCUGGACCGCCUUAGUCAAAGACCAACACUGGGGAAGUCAUCUUUACGGCACGUGGAAAUGAGUGACUACAUUUAUAAUUGGAGAUCCUGAACACCAAAGUAAGCCUAAAAGGAAUCUUUGAGGAAAAAAGCCUCCUAGCAAGGAAAUUCAAGAUCCUUUUACCUUUUGGCUUUAAAGUUCACUUUGGAAGUUAAAAGAAAUAUAUCUUUAAAAAUACUCAAGUGUUUACAAACAUUAACCUUUUACAACUUUUACUACAUGCACUAAAUAAGUAGGAUUAAGGGUUUAAAAUCAACAUUUUGUUUUUACUCUUUUGAUUAGAUAUUCAGAUAUGAAUUUUUUAAAACCUUCAAAAUUCUAGAUCCAUUAACCUAAUUAUAAAUUGGGUAACCGUUUCCUUGCAAAUGGAAAUUGGGGCUUAGUAUCAAGGCAUUGUGACUAACAGCAUCAGGACAAAACUAUCUUUAACAGUGUGCUUAGGAUCGUUAGUGUCUUCUGAGCUGAUUGUUGGUGCUUCCACCUUAGUUGUUUUCCUAUGUUUACAUUUCCUCUAUUCUAAAAUACAUUUCUUGUUUUAACGCAUGUUAAUUCAGAGAAGGGUAUUUUGUAUUCCAUAUAGAACAGUGUUGAGUUGUAAAGCUGUCGUGGCAAAGUAGUUUUUAAUAUGUUCCUGUAGGUAUUUGUGUGUGUGCGUGUAUAUAUAUAAAAUUUAAAUUUUCUUAAAUAAAAGUGCUUAGAAGUGCAUUGGGUAAAGAA